GCUGACUGCCACUCUAAGCUACCGGUUUGAUUUAUUUCUGUGAUGCACAGUAGGUAGUUUCAUUAUCAUUUUAUGUCUUAAAAUGUUAAAGAUGGCGGUAAAAUAAUGGUGUUACCGUAGUCAAGUCUGAGUGAGUCAGUGGGACUGAGCUGGAAUUAUGUUGCCUGGGGUGUUUUAUGCGUUGAUGGCGGGGUUUUUGGCAGCUUUAGCAUCAUCUUCUGCUAAGUUGUCCCUGGGUGCUGAUUACCUGAAAGAUGUGUGUGAAACAGGGCUAAAGAUCUGGACAGAUGAACAAGGAAACACUGCCGGAGUUGAUACCACAGCUUGUGACUGGUUACAUAUACCUCUGCGCCUGCUUUGUGGUGGUCUUCUGUUCACCUGCAAUGCUGUGAUGUGGACCUUCUUCGCCAAAGCCCUCCGACACUCGUCUUCCUCUGCCCGGGCCACUGUGACCACCACUGCCUCAAAUUUUAUCUCCUCUGCUUUCCUUGGACAUGUGAUCUUUGGUGAAACUCAUGCCACGUUGUGGUGGGUUGGUAUCAUUUUAACCCUGACAGGGCUUCUUGUCUUGCAUGGAUCAACUCCUCAGGCUCCACAGGAAAACGUGGAUAAGAAAUAUGAGUGACAGAACAACACAGGUAGCAACAAUGCCUUAUCUAAUGCUUGAAGUUUAAUCAAUCAAUCAAGUCAGAUGGUGUGAAACUUAAAGCAUGUAAAGCUAGUAAGAAUUAUGCACGACUGUAUAAUAGAAGUAUCUGUGCUACAGUAAAUAUAUGUAUUUCUGUCAUGGGAUUGUUUUAUAAAAUCUGUGUAGUUAAUUUGUUAUUGUGCAUCAUGUUAAUGUGAUUAAUGACACGAUGCAAAUCCUUGAAAUGUGUCUCACUUUGUGCCUAUAGUCAUGCAAGGGCCUCGAUCAUAUAGGUCACUGCAUACUUUAGCCGUCAAGGGCAUAUUAUGUAAGUUUAUAAUAGAUCAAUUCAUACUCUUAGUUUCUACUAUGAACUUAAAUAUGUAUAUCAAUAUCAUAUUGUAUAUAUGAUACACAAAUACUCUUUAAUUUUAUUUUAUUUUUAUUUUUUUGCUGGAUAUUGGACCAAAUACAGCUGUGGAUUUCAUUUUGUUUUGCUGAUACAUCUUUUUUUAAGUCUUCCAAAGUAAAACCUAUUUGAACUCACUCCAAGUAAUGAACAGGAUGCACACAUGGAUGUUUAAUGUUCAAUCAUACAUUCAUUUUCUAACAUUUUUUAAUAAUCAUACAUUUUAUUGUUUUAUCAUACACUACACUGGUUUAGUUCAUAUGAAUUAUAUUUGGAUUAAAUAGCACCUUAUAAGCAAAAUGGUAUGUUUUUUUAAUAAAAUAAAUAAUUUACAUAUAUAA